ACUCAGGUCAUGAUCACAAGGCAGAGACUUAACACUCCUGUAGUUGCUGUAACUCUCAUUCCUUGCAAAUCUGUUGUCAUCUGAACCAUCUAUGGCUUAUCAUCGCUUCCUAUUAUUCAUGUUACCACUUGUGUGGAUUAGUAUGGCAGUACUGAACAGCCAGACAAUUCUGGUGAAUGCGCGCCAACUGCUGGAAAUAACAUUUCCUGAAAUACCUGAGCUUCCGAAGCCUGAAUUGCCUUCUUUCCCUAAGGUUGAAUUGCCACCAUUACCAGAAAUACCAACUUUGCCAAAACUUAAGUUUCCAGACUUGCCAAAACCAGAAUUACCUGAUUUGCCAGAGCCUGAAGUGCCAGAAUUGCCAUCCAUUCCUCAUUUUCCUGACUUGUCAAAACCCACAUUACCUGCCAUUCCAUCUAUUCCUAAGGACAUUAACCCCUUCCAUGCAGCAACUACUCCAUAAGUGAUUAUACCUUAUAAUAUAUUUCUUAAUUAGCGGAUUUCGUAGCAAACUUCAUCCAGUGCUUAAUGUUAUAAGGUGUAUUGCCCUAGUGGUGGGAGUAUUACAUUGUGUGUUUCUUGUUGUGCUUAUGACUAAUGUAACUUAUCAAUGGCAUUUGAUAUAUUAAAAUUGUACUCUUCUGGUCCUUGAUUUUAUGUAAUAAGAUAAUGAUAAUAUUUCUAUCA